AUGGGAGGUUGUACAUCCUAAAAUAAGAACACAAUCCAUCCUCUAAAAGAAAACAAUAUUCAAAUUAAAAGCUCUAAGACUAUUUAUUGUAAGGAAAUAGAUUCAAAUGAAAAAUUGGCAAUGGAUAAUCUUGAUAACCUGCAUAGCUAGGUUAAUAAUGUGAUUGAUGAUUUUGAAUAAGCUAAAGAAACUUUCCAUACUAAAUUGGAAAGUAUUUUAGAGCAGAACUUCAUAUUUAACUAAUUCUAUAGUAAAAUAAAACUCUUAAAGACUAUUUGUAAGGAGUAGAAUAUCUAAUAGCUCGAGAUUUUGAUUGAAGCAGUCCAUAAAAUACUUUAAAAGUUGCCUAAAAUUGAAGGAAACAUAAAUUCUGUUAAAGAAAAACUUCAAAUUGAAUAAACAAAGUAAGAAAGUCCUCUUACCAACUAAAUAAAGUAUAAAAUGCAAUAUAAAAUAGAUUAAAUACAUUUUGAUGACUUUGCUAAUGAAAUAGCAGAAUGGGAUUCAAUUUUGAAAAAGUACAUAAACAUCACUUACAAAGAUAUUAAAAACAAGAAAAGAUUGUCGAACGAAUCAUGUUUUUAACCUUCUACUACUCUUACUUAAAGUUAGUAAUCAAAGAGAAAGACUGUCAUCAUAUAAUAAAAAAAUUAGAAUUAACUAUUUUAAAGUUAGGGUUAUUUACCUUAAAAUUAAACUCUAUCUACCUUGAAUUAAAGCUAGCAUAACUUAUGA